UUCACAGAGCUACUCAGGCACAGAUCUAAAUAAUACGUGAAUUACAUCCUGUCUAGACAAAAUAUACAUACCAGCAUAAAUUAUUAAAAUAAAUGAAGCUAAAACAUUGAAUUUUACAUCACUGAGGAGAAUAUUGACAGUAAGGCGAAUAUUUAGGUAUAAGAUGGAUCAAAAUCUGAGCAACAAAGAGUUCUUUAAGAAACGAAAUUCGGUGAAGACGGUAGAAGCAGGCGACACACAGGUGGCGUGCAAGGGGCGAUGGAUUGAAAGCUGCCUUAAGCCUGACAAGUUCUACAAGGGCUGGUAUCCCAUCAGACGGUGUACGUUCUCAGGCCACGAGUCUUUAGGCAGCGCAGGGACCCAGGUAUACCGUGAUACAACAUCAUUCAGAAAUUGCCGUGUAGUGUGUGAUAUAUGUGACCAUCCAGAUAACGUACAGAAACAACUUUCAGCAGACGACUGUUGCUGUGAUCCAGAGUGCAAAGACAAUAUUGUAGCUCCAUCCCAAAAGGAAGAAAGAUUACUAAAAAAUCGAGCUCAGUGCAGUAAACCGGAAGUGCCAACUUCCACUUCCGGAAAGUGCCCAACUGACGCGCACUGGCGCUUUCACGACGCGCAUCCAUACAUGCCCGGCGUCAAGAUACCACGUGACUGUAGGAUCCAUCAACAAGACUGGUUCAAAGCCCAGAUGAACAGCGUCAACAGCCACCAGAAGGUCUACAAAGCCCUACAGCAGUUUGAGCGGGAAGGCCGGCUGAAGGAGGAGCGUGAGCUGUUUGAGCGACUCAGACGGAGGCACAAGCAGAAGGAGGAAGACUUCAUCACGCGCAGACUUGAGCUGCCCCUUAUGACCAACCUGCCCGCCCAGCCCAUCCAACCCAGCGCCUCGCUCUCUCGACGCCCCACCGACGCCCGCCCGGAAGAAACGAGUACGCCAGUGUUGUUCAACCAGGUCAAAUACGCCGAGUAGCCGCCAGGACGACACGUGGAAACAUCACAUAGAAAAAAUCAAUUAAAAGUCAU